CAUUUGAUGAAAAAACAAUUCGUUCAAUAUAUCAUAUAAGAAGUUUAGAUGUAUUUCGAAUAAAACAAUUACAACAAGGUAAAAUUGAUAUAACGAUAUCACAUGAUUGGCCACGUGGUAUUGUUUGGUAUGGUGAUGUACAACGUUUAUUACAACGUAAACAAUAUUUUCAUGAUGAUAUAUAUACAAAUCAACUUGGUAGUGAACCAUUAGAAGAAGUUUUACUUCGAAUACAACCAAAAUAUUGGUUUUCAGCACAUUUACAUGUUAAAUUUUCUGCUUUAGUUGAACAUACAAAUGGACAAUUAACACGUUUUCUUGCUUUAGAUAAAUGUUUACCAGGACGAGAUUUUUUACAAAUUCUUGAUAUUGAACCAACGAAUCCAUCAUCAUCGCCACCAACUAAUCGUUUAUCACUUGAUCCUGAAUGGUUAUGUAUAUUAGCAAAAACCGAUCAUCUAUUACAUGUUCAACGUACAAAUACAUUUUUACCAUCAAUAUUACAAAAUUCAUUUACUCCAAAUGAAGAUGAUUAUCGAAAAGUACAAGAUGAUUUUUCAAAUACAUUUGAAAUACCUGAAAUAUUUGAACUAACUGGUCCUAUUCAUACAUUAGGUAGUGGAAAUAUUCCAAUUGAUAUCGAACAAUUAAGAAAAAAUAAUCCACAAACAGAAUUAUUAUGUCAUAUGCUUGGUAUACGAAAUCCAAUUGAUGUUAUACUUAAUCGAAAAAUUCAACCAAUACAAUUUGAUCAAACAUCUUCUAGUGAUCAAACAAAUUAA